AUGUUCGGCGGCAGCGGCGCGGGCGGUGGCGGCUACGGCGAGGGCGGCGAGGGCUACGGCUUGGGCUACGUGGGCGGCGGGCGGCUACAGCAGUACGCGCACUUCGCGCCCCACCAGAACGUGUGGCACCACCACCACGCGGCGCACCACGACUCCUAUGAGGCGAUAAGAGGCGUGGCGGGCGGCGCGCUCUUCGCUCAGUGCACGCCGCGACCUCUGACCGACUGCUCCUGUCGUGACCUCUCCUCGGAC